AUGCUCUCGUCUUGUUUCGGCUGCGGCGGGUCCCGCGAUGAAGACCAGGAACCUCUCCUGCCUCGAUAUGAGCAGGACACUCACCUACAGCGCGAGCUCUAUCGCAAGCUCCACAGCUAUCAGAUGCUCCGGGCCUUGGGUAAGGGAUACAUGCCCACGACUGAACAAACUAUCAUCAAUCUUCGCACUCUGCUGGCCGCCGAUUUUCUCAGUCCUGACAACCCUGACCUAUCCGACAGCGGCCGGCGCCUGGUCCGUCUCACCAAGCAAUGGCUACACCAGUUCAUCACUCUGUUGAAGAACAAGAACGACAAGGACCAGUUACAAGAUCUCAUUUGGUUCCUUACCAAGAGUAGAAUCUCAGUCGACGUUGAGGACCUUCAACAUCGCGCAAAGAAAUCAAAGGCCUCGGCCGACGCUGCAGCUGCUUACAAGAGCCUACAGACUGUUGGCUCCCUGCUCUUUACAAAUUCAGACUUCCGCGUCUUCCUCGGAGACCUCAACACUGUUGGACGGGAGAUUUUCAAGGACUCGGCCCUGGCCUUGAGUCAUGCUGCUGAAGACGCUGGAAAACGGCUGGAACCAUCCGAGGCCGAGCAGCAAGCGGUAGCCCACUCCAAUGGCAAUACGAACGGCAAGGCGCCAACUGGGAGCGAUCUAGGAAAAGACGUGCAAGAUGUCUCCAAAAUCGUCGCGCAAGAGACUGCCGAGGUCGCCGGGGCCACGUUGGAGAGUGCCAAGGACAAGCUGUCUGGCGAUGAGGGCCACACUUUGCUGAAACGUUUGCAGCAAGUCGUUCUCAAUCUUCGCAAGCGGAGAGAUUACUCGGACUCGGUCUCCACCCUGUCCCUUCUCAUCAAGCGAUAUGCCAUGGUCUACUCACGUGCUGCAGAGGAGAUUGCCGAGGUUGCACAGCAAGAUGUCUAUGAGAACCCCGAGACGGACAAAGCUCUUGUAAACAUGUGGGAGUUUGUCAACAGCUUUGGCGACAAGAAGGAAUGGGAGAAAUGCGAGGUACUGUUUAAAAAGGUUCUGGCACACAAGGACAGCGACCCCGAGUUUGAGAACUUCAUGCAAGACAUUGGAAACAGUCUACAGAGACUCCUGACUGACCCCGACUUCUUCAUGAAUGCCGAUGAGAAGUUGCGUGAGCUCAGGGAAAAGAGCAAAAAGGUUGGCACAGAAAGCACCUUGCGACAGGACGUGGACGAUUUACUUCAACAAUUGGCUGUCACAUUCCAGAGUGUCCUGCGCGAUGAAGAUGUUCACAAUUUGAUCACAACCACGAUGCGAAUAUUCGGCGUUCUCUCUCCCACCAACAGUGCAACCAAUCCUGAACUUGUCCAAGAUGCGCUGCAUGUAUUCAUUCCAUUGGCAAUCAGUGCCAUUCAAUAUCUGCCAAUUCCCCGUCUCGAAGUUAGUACGCCCGCAAUCGAUCUCCUCUUGGAAAAUCUCAUCAUAGAGCCUGGUGUUACGGUCAAUCAAACCUCGUUUUUGCCAUAUCGGCUGAAGAUUGAAACCUACAACGACUUGGAGAUACGCAAGGCACGGUUCCGCACUGCCACAACAUCCAAGAACCUGGUUCUCAUCAAAAUCGACGGCUUGUCGGCCAAGGCUGAUGAAAUAGGCUUCUGGCUGCGUGCCCAUAGUGGGCUACUUCGUCUGGCCGACGAGGGAAUUGCCAGUUUCGCCCUUGAUGAGCGCGGUAUCGACGUGCACCUCGAGGUGGAAAUAUGCCGCGAGAGAAUGGAGCAGAUUCUGACGUUGCGGGGUGUCAGAGUUCGAGUACACAAGCUUGACUACAAGCUACGCAAGAGCAGAUUCUCAUGGCUCGGCUGGCUUUUCAAGCCACUACUCCGACCAAUUCUCAAGACUACGAUGGAGAUCCAACUAGCUACUGCCAUUGCCGAUCUCCUUCGUGCCGGCAACCGUGAGAUUCUCUAUGCUCGAGAACGACUCCGCGCCACCAGGAUUGCAGAGCCUCAGGAUAUCUGGACCUUUGUCAAGGCUGUGGCAUCGCGUCUUGUCCCUGAAGAGGAUCCUGAUUUGUACACCAGAGUCGGCGUGGCACAGCCCGGCGAGGGUGUCUUCAAGGGUGUCUAUGCUCCAGGCAGUAUUGUCAAGAUUUGGAACGAGGAAGCCGCGAGAGCCGGUGAACGUGUCGAGGAAUACGAGCAGGGCGGCUGGAAGAAUGAAGUGUUUGAUACGCAUGUCCAAAAUUUGAUGUAA